UCUUGUUAAUUAUACACUAUUUUUAAUAUUCUUUCAGUAGCCACUCUAGGGCGGUCUGUACCCAUUAGCCAUUAUGUAGUGAUCUCCUCUCUCCCUUCUGUGAUUUUCCUUCUGUAACUACCACUCUUACCACUUUUUGAACAAAGUAAGUCCCCUCUAGUGGUUUAGCUUCCAAGACAUCAUUGGUAGAUGUCAUUGUAUUCAGUUUCCAGUUCCUGCUUUGGGCUCUCGUUUCUCCCUGCGCUGUGGUGCUUCCGUUUUCCUUCUGCCUAAAGAGCCUGUGUUAGUGUUUCUUUGAAUAUAGUUCAAUGCUUUACUCCUAUUCUGGAUUCGUUUUUCAUUAGUUCCUAUUCUUACUGGGUCACAAUAGUAUAAUUUAAACUUUUUUCUCAUGUUAAGUAACUUUGGGAAAUCCUAGAGUCAAUGGAGAGAAGAACUUUUAGGAAUAUAUUUUAAGAAAACCAUUACAGAGACCUUUGCACCAUAGUGAAAAAUUUCCAUGUAACUAAAGAUGAGCAAGGGGUUAGUAACUGAGAUAUGGCGUGUUUAUAUCACCCACUGUUACCCAUCUAACAAAAGUGAUGUUCUGAGUAAAUGAACACAUGCAGAUAACUGUACACACGUCUAUGCAAGGAAGCACUGAACAAGUACUAACUGAACUGUGACUGCCCCUGGGCGGUGGGGUGACAUGGCGGGCAGGCGUUGGGGGUGGAGGACUUCCAGUUCUUAGAAAGGGAGAAAAUUCACUGAGGGUAGAAAUACCAGACAUUAUUUUCUAAGUUUCUUUAAUAAUGACAAAAUUGUAUGAGCUUCCUGUUUUAUCAAAUCAAAAUAAAAAUAAAAAGCAUUUGAAAGGUAUUCACGUCUCAUUGGCUGAGAGGAAAAUGUCAGUCAGACCAUCAAAACCUGGAACCCAUUAGUUUGUGUGUGCAGCUAAAAAUUGUCUUUUAAGACCUUUCCUAGCAAAAGCUGCCUCACCUGUGGUACAGAAGAAACCGUGUGUGGCGAACACUUUUCUUCCACAAAAUUUUAAAGAAUUUGUAUUGAAGUGCUUGAGAUUAAAAAGAAUUAAUUGACAGUGCCCAGCCCUGUCCAGCAGAAGUUUCAUCUUUUAAGACCCAGCUCGUGUUCCCUUCCUUCCUUGAAGCCGUUACUCACUUCCCAGAUUUCCCCGUACUGAGAAGUGUUUUAGAGGUGGAAUCACGUAAGAUAGAGGCUGGUGCCUGUGACUGAUGUUUCUUGGAGUCACAAUUCUGCUUCCCUUAUAGCUUCCUUAACAUUUCUGUCCAUUACUCAGGCACUGAGAGUUCACAUACUGACUCAGUUUUUCCCAUUAAAAAUGUUUCUGUGUAAAAUCACUGAUAUGCUUAGAUGCAUCUUCCGUAGGGGCAUUCCUCUGCAGAGAGUCCUGUUAAGGAUGGGAAUGAUGCGGGGGAGGGUAGAGCUCAGUGGUAGAGCGCAUGCCUAGCACGCACAAGGUCCUGGGUUCAAUCCCCCGUGCUGCCUCUGAAGAUAAAUAAAUAAGUAAACCUAAUACCCCUCCCCCAGGAAAAGCCCUAAAUUAAAAAGAAAAAAAACAGCAAUGACAUUCAUAUUCAAUAGCCACUAAGGCAAGAACGUAGCCGACCUUAGCCCAGCUGGGAUCCUGGAAGCCUUCCCCUCCAGUUGCUGGAUCUUGGGGAGACAGAGGAUGGUCCCCAGCAGGCUCAGUGCAGCAGCUGUUUGCCACCCAGCGUGGCGGCAAUUACUUCAAUAUUUGACAAGUCACCUCAGGUGCUCAGGUGCACCGUGGCGGGCACCUGCGUGUCGGCUGGCUUAGGAGGAGGCUUUGCUCUGUGAUGUGCCAAACCUAAGCAGCAUCCACCGGCUCAUACAGCAAGCCCUGGUAAGCCUGGGGCCGGCCUGCCUCACGGGGAGAGCGCCCGUUUAAAACUCCUAGGGAGUGGACCAGGUCUUACCCCUAGCCUGCCGCGGAACUUGAGAGCUGUGUUGUGACACUUAAGAAACAAUCGCUCGUUAGAUGUGCACAGUUGCGUGUGUUCCUCGAGUGAGAGCGGCAGGGUCUGGGGUGCACUUCAUUACCGCAUUUGAAAUGUUCACUGUCUAACCUAAUUAAUAGUGCUUAAAAUUACCACCAGUUUGUCUCAUAGGAACCAGGAUAAGUUGCCAGUUGUCUUUGAAACUUAGGGUGAUAAGAGCUGCUAUGUAAUCUUCCGUUGUCCGUGAUUCUUCUCUGCAGUGGCACACAUUUAAGUUACAUUUUUGCAGAAUCACCAUAAAACUUCUUUGUUAUUUUUAUCACAUAUGUAUUUAAUUUUAGAAAACCAGCAUUACAAGCAUGAAGUGUAUUUUUAUAUGUGCCUUAUUGAUAUAGUUGCAACACUGACCAUUCCAUUUUGGAGUUUGGAAAAGUGCUGGGUUAGACUGUAUCUUCUAAGGCAUGACUCAUGUUUCUGCCUCCUCCUUGAAGCCUUUCCUUUGUUCAGUGCCCCAGUCUCUCUUGAUUUUCCUUACUGAGAAAUGCUCUAGCAUUUCCUAUGAAUAACGUAUUAUUUUAUGCUGGAUUGUUCACAGUGUUCUGUUAUUGCUCAUUUUUUCCGUCAGUAGAGACGCUCCCUGGAAUUGUGUGCUUUCCAUGACGGAACAUCAGAACUAAGCACAGAGAAGCUGUCUAGCAGUUACUUGACAUGUGUUGCUCAGAACCCAAGAUACAACAGAAGAAUUCACUAAAUGCAGUAUUUCCCUCCAAAAGUGUAGACAGUUUAGCUCUUCAGACUAUGCUCGUGUGAGGGUAAGAACACUAGCUGAGCAGGAACAUGUUCACAUCCUUCCAGGGCUUGGUGACGUUCAGGGAUGUGGCUGUGGACUUCUCCCAGGAGGAGUGGGAGUGGCUGAGCCCUUCUCAGAGGACCCUGUACAGGAGGGUGAUGCUGGAGAACUACAGGAGCCUGGUCUCGCUAGCAGGAGUUUCCGUGUCUAAGCCAGAUGUCAUCUCAUUGUUGGAGCAAGGAAAAGAGCCCUGGAAGGUGAAGAAGGAGUGGACGGGAGGCACACGCCCUGAUUGGGAGUAUGUGCUUAAAAACAAUGAACUUUCAUCAAAGCAAGUAAUUUAUGAUGAGUCAUCCAAAUCAGUGACAGUGGGAGGAAGCCACCUUAGUUACCGCCUUGACUGCUCCAGUUUGAGAGAAAACUGUGAAAGUGAGGACUGGUUUAAAAACCACUUGGGAAGUCACGAGGUACAUUCUAGGCAGCUGAUCAUCACUCAUAAAGAAAUCCUCUCUGAAGGUCAAAGUAAUGACUAUAUUAGAUCCUGGCAAACUUUACAUCAGGAUGCAAUGUUCGGUAUAAAACAGAGUUUUCCCACCAAAGACAGAAUACUUCAGCAUGAGCCACAGAAGAGAAGCUACCGGAAAAAAUCUGUUGACAUAAAACGUAAGAGAGUCUAUGUAGAAAAGAAACUUUUGAAAUGUAGUGAAUGUGAGAAAGUUUUCAAUCAGAGCUCAUCUCUGACUCUCCAUCAGAGGAUUCAUACUGGAGAGAAACCCUAUGCGUGCGUCGAAUGUGGGAAGACCUUCAGCCAGAGUGCGAACCUAGCUCAGCAUAAGAGAAUUCAUACCGGAGAGAAGCCCUAUGAAUGUAAAGAAUGCAGGAAAGCCUUCAGCCAGAAUGCCCACCUUGCUCAACAUCAGAGAGUUCACACUGGAGAGAAACCUUAUCAAUGUAAAGAAUGUAAAAAGGCCUUCAGCCAGAUUGCACACCUGACUCAGCACCAGAGAGUUCAUACCGGAGAGAGACCCUUUGAAUGUAUUGAAUGCGGAAAGGCCUUUAGUAAUGGUUCAUUUCUUGCUCAGCAUCAGAGAAUUCAUACAGGAGAGAAACCUUACGUAUGUAAUGUGUGUGGGAAAGCCUUCAGCCACCGCGGGUACCUAAUCGUGCAUCAGAGAAUUCACACCGGAGAGAGACCCUAUGAAUGUAAGGAAUGUAGGAAAACCUUCAGCCAGUAUGCACACCUUGCUCAACAUCAGAGAGUUCACACUGGAGAGAAACCCUAUGAAUGUAAAGUCUGUAGGAAAGCCUUCAGCCAGAUCGCGUACCUUGAUCAGCACCAGAGGGUUCAUACUGGGGAGAAACCUUAUGAAUGUGUUGAGUGUGGGAAGGCCUUUAGCAAUAGUUCAUCACUUGCACAGCAUCAGAGAAGUCACACUGGAGAGAAGCCUUAUAUGUGUAAGGAAUGUAGGAAAACGUUCAGCCAGAAUGCAGGCCUCGCUCAGCAUCAGCGAAUCCAUACUGGAGAGAAGCCUUACGAAUGUAACAUUUGUGGGAAGGCCUUCAGCUACAGUGGAUCUCUUACUCUCCAUCAAAGAAUCCAUACUGGAGAGAGACCCUAUGAAUGCAAGGACUGCAGGAAAUCUUUCAGGCAGCGAGCUCACCUUGCUCAUCAUGAGAGGAUUCACACUAUGGAGUCAUUCUUGACUCUUUCUUCUCCCUCCCCCUCCAUGUCCAGUCAGUUGCCAAGACCUGUAGGUUUUAUCUCCUAAGUCUGCCUUGAGUCGAACUCCUUUAUCCACUUCCAUUCCAUCCUUGUCCAAUGCACAGUAAUCUGUUUGACAUGGACUACAGAAAUGGCUUUCUAACUCGUCCCUCUGUAUUUGCCAUCGCCUAUUAAUUGUCCCCAUUGCAGUCAAACUUGUAUCUUGAAAGCCUGAUCAUAUAUCUAUCUUCUCCCUCAUUAAAACUCUUCAUUGGCAUCCCAUAGUUCUUAGGUCAAGAACACGUGCCUCAGAAUAGCCUAAAAGGCACCCCCUGCCCCACAAAACCUUGUUCCAGUCUGUAUUCCAAAGCCCCACCUCAUGUCAGUAUCCAUCUCAUUCUUGGAUACUUGGGCGAAAUUAAGAUCUCACAUUCCAGCGUCAAAUAGAUCUGGGUUCCACUUCUCGCUCUUCCAUUUUCUAGCCAUCUGGGUUUGGAGAAACAUCCUUUCGUCCUUUGUAAGCUUCAGUCUUAUUUAUAUUACAGGAGUAAUAAUGGUACUACCUCAGAAGUUAAUGGGAGGAGUAAAUGGGAUAAUGCAUGUAAAUUGCUCAGCAGAGUGCCUAGCAUAAUCACUCAGUAAGCAAUGUAAAAUAAAAAGGCACUGUGUAUGCAAAGAAGACCUGAUCAUCUCAGCAGUGAUUAUCUGAGAAGUAACAAAAACGGCAGCUCAAGACUUAAGAGACUGUAAGGACUUGAUCAGGAACAGUAGUCACUGCCCUAAAGGUGGGCGAUAAGGGUACCUCACAGGAGAGCUGGGUCAGAGCCCAUGAUCAGAGUAAGACGGUGACUUCUGUUCCAGAGUGAAGAUACAGAGAUAAGACUGUCAAUAAGGAAAACUAACUUUAUUAUAUAUUCAACGGUUUUAAGAAGCCAGGUUUUAAAAAUCAUUUGUAAAAAGUAAAAUGUACUGAGAUGUAUUCAUCAUUUACAUUUAAACAAAGGCAAUAUAGCUAUUUUUAAAAAGAAAACUUUAAAAGACCAAUAGCCAAAGAAGAAUAGAAAAUAAAAUUUAAGUUUGACCCACCCUCUCCUAAUUCCAGGUAGAUGAACUGUGUUAAACCCACAUCAUUUAAAUAGAGCUGCUAAGCUUCUAAGCUGCAAUUCCAAAACUGGAGGUGAAAAGAAGCCAAAACCGUAGGUGACAACUCACUAAGUGGCUGCACACAAACAUGUGUGAGUUGGUAGGCGUCAAAUUUAAAAUGAAUACGAGUCCCUUUAGGUGGGCGUGUAUUUUCCAAUUCUCCACAGCGCAGCCACUCCCUGUUCCUUACAUCUGAUUUUUUACACUCUGUGUUACUUUCUGACUCCUGGGGGCAUUGAGUGUGCAGUCAGUGCAGUGACCAAUUCUCAUGUGAAUGUAGGUACAAGGAAAAUGAUGAAAGUUCAAUGAAGGGUGAAAAGAAUAGAUGUCUUCUCCUUCUGUAGGGAAAACUCAGUACAGACAUUAGGAGGCCCCCGAUUAAUCUACAGAUUCUGUGUACCUAACAAAAUCGUAAGUGCUUUUUAAGCUUGAAACAUUGUUAACAUACAAACAUGCAUUCACAACAGAUAUAAAGGAAAUAUAUAAUAAAGGUGGUGCUUCAUG